UCAUAGAGAGAGAGAGAGAGAGAGAGAGAGAGAGAGAGAGAGAGAGAGAGAAGAGUUGAUUGUGGUGCGCGGCACUCAUAGCCAGGAUCCUCUAUGGACAUAGCAGGAGGGCUCGCAGUUUUUACAACUUUGGACGGCGUACUGAAUCUCUCGUCGCAGUUCGGAAGCGCGUCGGCAGCAGCGGCUGCUGCCGCCGCUGCAGCGGCAAGCCAGGCCCAAGUGCAGCACGUCACAUCCUCCGGAGGUAGCAGUCCGCAGGAGAAGAAAGGAGGUGGAGGAGGUGGACGUGAGCUUGUGCCCUUUUCGGCGACUAGCCCUGGAGGGACCGCCGCGAGCACUAAUCCUAAACAUCCAGACAUGCCGUCCACCGGGAGCUACGCCAGUCAGGCCGCUCAGCGGUUGAAGGAGUACAUGCCCGACUGUAAUGCCGUGAAGGUGGAACCAUUACUGCGGCCGAUGAUGACCAAACCGCCAGCAGCGCCCACGGCUGGCACCUCUACGGCUCUUGUCGUUCAUACGGAAUCAAGUUUCGACGAGAACCGUCUCAUACAAGCAGAGUCCAGCCUUUCUGCGGCUAGCAGCUACGAUACCGGGCUCAGCAUAGAUACGCGGAGUGCAGAACUGCAUUCUAACGGCGCCGGAGCGAAUAACACCGGUACCGCACGGAGCCCCGGCUAUGGUGCCAGGUCGUCCGCGAACAGUGAGCACAUUGGUAUGGCUUCUUCCGGGAUCCGAGAUAUGCUUAUUCUGGACAAAUCCUUAUUUGCCCGCAGAGUGAGGGAGGGCUUGGCCCAUGACGGCUGUCGCGCUAGGAGCGUGGACGGUGACCAGGAUGGUCGGGUCGGGGGUGGCAGAGGAGAAAGCUCUGUCGUGGCCACCAUGUCGGAGGACAAGGGACCCGGAUUGGGAGCCAGGAGAAGAGAGAGUGAGGAAAGGAAGGAUGACCAGCGUCUUGGAGUUGCCGCAAGCCAGCGGCAAGAGUCGCCACCUGCAUCUGUAAAGGCGCAAGGAGGGAGGCGAGGAGGGUGUGCAGAUCCCCCUGGGGCUGAUGGCCCUCGUCCACCAGCAAGGGUAUGGAGUCCGGUGCCAAGGUCAUCGCCGCGUCGUCGCCACGUCGACGGCUUGUGACACGCUGUCCGCCAUGGGGAGGUGACGGGGCGGAGUGGAGGGGGCCAGAGGAGGUCUGCGUGAGCGGAGGGCGUAGGGGGGGGUCCGCGGUAGAAAGCGACGGGCGGCGCUAGUGAGUCGAGCGCGGGUGCCCGCAAAGGGGGAAGCGUGGUUCGGAUGCAGGGUGCCCAAAUGGAAAGGGGGAGUUGGAGAGGGUUUAGGAAAACCCUAUACCCUAGAAAAACCCUAAGGAAACCGUAACCGGAGUAGUGGUUAGGGUAGGGUACCGGUGACCUAAUCAAGAAAAUAAAAUAAC